AUUAUUUUUCUUAUGUAUAGAGUAAUAUUCUUGAUUUGUUUAAAAAAUCAUAAGUUUUCUUGUAAUGGUUUCUUCCCUUUUUUAUCUUCUAUUGUUUCUGUUUUUCUUUCCACAACACAAUUUAGCUCAAAAUAAUGGUAGAGUAGCUACUAGCACUUCUCUUACUGCAACAGAUGAAACCACUCCAUGGUUUUCACCAUCUGGUGAUUUUGCAUUUGGGUUCCAAAAACUUCAAGAUAAAGAUCAAUUCUUGCUUUGUAUAUGGUAUGCAAAAAUACAGGAAAAGACCAUAGUAUGGCAUGCAAAUAUCAGUAAUCCAGUGCCACGUGGAUCAAGAUUACAGCUUGAUUCUCAAAAUGGUCUCAUACUUAGUGAUACACAAGGCAAUACAAUUUGGAGAACUGAUAUGGUUUUUGGUAAUAUUGACCAUGGAUUUAUGAAUGAUACUGGAAAUUUUGUUAUUAUGGGAAAUGAUUCUGCUGAUCCAUUGUGGGAAAGUUUUAGAAAUCCAACUGACACUUUGUUGCCAAGUCAAACAUUGGAAAGAGGGAGCUUCCUUGUUUCUCAAAGAUCAGAAGCUAAUUUCUCUCAAGGUAUUGCUUCGGAAUCGAGGCGUAUUUGUUGUUGUAUGUCUCAACACGCCCCCCCCCCNGCAGGGGCGUGUGGAUACAAUAAUGUGUGCAAUCUUGGUACAAACAAAAGACCAGUUUGUAACUGUCCUGAAGGAUAUUCACUAGUUGAUCCAAAUGAUACUUAUGGCAACUGCAAACCAGAUUCUGCUGUAAGUUGUGAUGAUGUUGCAAGGGGGUCACCCGAAGAUUUGUACAGUUUUAUCACGGUUCGUGAUACUGAUUGGCCAAUGUCUGACCUUCAGAAGAUUAGCCCUUCUACUGAACAAGACUGCCAAAGUUUCUGUUUGAAUGAUUGUUUUUGUGCUGUUGCCAUUUAUAGAAGCGAUAGCUGCUGGAAAAAGAAGCUGCCACUGUGGAAUGGGAGAAUAGACACCAGUCUGAAUGCGAAAGCUUUUAUCAAGAGAAGGAAAAAUGGUGUUCCUCCUCUAAGUCCUGGGCUUCCAAAUCCAGGAUCUCCUCAAAGCAAGAAUUGGCGAAAUUGGGCAGUUGUGUCGUCCACGCUCUUAGGUAGCUCUGUGUUGGUGAAUGUUCUCUUUGUUGGUGUACUUUGUUGGGGAUUCUUCCACAUUUAUAAAAAGAAAGCGAAAACAUUUCGCCCCACAAGUCAUGUAGCAGACUCUAUUUGUCAUAGUUUUACAUAUAAAGAACUUGUCGAAGCCACAACAGACUUCAAGGAAGAGCUAGGCAGGGGCGCCUUUGGGAUUGUUUACAAAGGAGUGAUGCCUAUCGGUUCAAGAAAUGUUGUUGCUGUAAAGAAGCUGGAUAGAGUUGCUCACGAAACAGAGAAGGAAUUCAUGACUGAAGUAAAUGUGAUUAGUCAGACUCAUCACAAAAAUUUGGUCCGUCUUCUUGGAUAUUGUAACGAGGGACCUCAUCGCUUGUUGGUCUAUGAGUAUAUGAGUAACGGCACUCUUGCAAGUUAUCUUUUUGGUGAUCAAAAACCUACUUGGAGCCAGAGGACGAAAGUUGCAAUGGGGAUUGCAAGGGGACUCGCUUACCUCCACGAAGAGUGCAGUACACAGAUUAUUCAUUGUGACAUAAAGCCUCAAAACAUUCUUCUAGAUGAUUACUAUAUUGCCCGAAUAUCAGAUUUUGGAUUGUCUAAACUUCUGAUGAUUAACCAGAGCCGAACUCUUACCGAUAUAAGAGGAACAAGAGGUUAUGUUGCUCCAGAAUGGUUCAGGAAUAGUCAGGUCACGGUUAAGGUGGAUGUUUACAGCUUUGGAGUGUUGCUACUAGAGAUCAUCACUUGUCGGAAAAGCUUGGAGAAUGAGGAAAGCUAUGGACCGGAGGCAAUUCUUACAGAUUGGGUUUUGGAUUGCUUUCAUGACGGAAAAUUGGAAGCUUUGGUAGAGACUGAUACUGAGGCCUUGAAUGACAAGAAGCAGCUCGAGAGGUUCGUGAUGGUUGGUAUUUGGUGCAUCCAAGAAGAUUCAACAAUGAGGCCGACUAUGAGGAAAGUCACUCAAAUGCUUGAAGGAUCUGUCGAAGUAACUACUCCACCUUGCCCUUAUACAUUCAGCACUACUAUUUAAGAUCACCCUCAUUGACAUUCUGCAAUUUCCUCCGCUGUAUAUCUUUAAUAUCUAAAUACUAAGGUAAUGUUACUCAUCAUGUUGCAUGUUCAUUAAAUUGUAUGUUCUGCAUAAUUUCCUCAAUUUUGUGCUGGUAACUGUUAAUC